AGGUGUCAAUAAAAUAGCAAAAGCGUGACGCGACGAUAUUAAUAUUAUAAAUACUAUAUAAAAACUUAAAAAAAUCGAAACUUUUCCAAUCAAGCUGACUCUUUUCCCGUUUUCCUGUGCUUUUAUUGCGUUUCUGUUGUUUUGUCUGGGUGUGAUAUACUGAAGCAGUCACAAGAAAACUGAGAGAGGGAGUAGUUGUUUGGUUAAUCAUGGCGGCUAGGAGGAUCUCUUCUCGACUGUCUCGCUCUUUUGGUUCUGUUUCUUCUUCUUCUGGUUUGUUUUGUAAAGGGAGGUUUCCUUCGGCGGGCAGAGUUGGGAAAUAUAGCACUGCCGCUGCAAUUGAGGAACCGAUUACUCCAUCUGUCAAAGUAAAUUAUACUCAGCUAUUAAUCAAUGGAAACUUUGUGGACUCAGCAUCAGGGAAAACCUUUCCAACAUUGGAUCCCAGGACUGGGGAUGUGAUUGCACAUAUUUCUGAAGGUGACGCUGAAGAUAUAAAUCGGGCAGUUUCUGCUGCCCGUAAAGCAUUUGAUGAGGGACCAUGGCCUAAGAUGACUGCUUAUGAAAGGUCCCGGAUACUUUUGCGCUUUGCUGACUUGAUUGAAAAGCAUAAUGAUGAAAUUGCUGCUCUUGAGACCUGGGAUAAUGGGAAGCCUUAUGAACAAGCUGCUAAUAUUGAGAUACCCAUGGUCACUCGUCUAUUCCGAUACUAUGCAGGUUGGGCGGAUAAGAUUCAUGGUCUCACAAUUCCAGCAGAUGGACCAUAUCAUGUGCAAACUUUACAUGAACCAAUAGGUGUUGCUGGUCAGAUUAUACCAUGGAAUUUUCCUCUGCUCAUGUAUGCUUGGAAGGUUGGGCCUGCAUUAGCAUGUGGCAACAGUGUUGUUCUGAAGACAGCAGAGCAGACACCGCUUUCUGCUUUAUAUGUUACAAAGCUAUUGCAUGAGGCUGGACUUCCUCCUGGUGUUCUCAAUGUGAUUUCUGGUUUUGGUCCCACUGCCGGUGCAGCUCUUGCCAGUCAUAUGGACGUUGAUAAGAUUGCUUUUACUGGAUCAACUCAGACAGGUAAAGUUAUACUUGAAUUGGCUGCAAAAAGUAAUCUUAAACCGGUAACUUUGGAGCUCGGAGGGAAAUCCCCAUUUAUUGUAUUUGAUGAUGCUGAUGUGGAUAAGGCUGUUGAGCUGGCUCAUUUUGCCCUAUUCUUUAAUCAGGGACAAUGCUGUUGCGCUGGUUCUCGUACUUUUGUACAUGAGCGUGUAUAUGAUGAGUUUGUGGAGAAAGCAAAGGCACGAGCGGUGAAACGUGUUGUUGGUGAUCCAUUCAGGGGGGGCAUUGAACAAGGUCCUCAGAUUGAUUCAGAACAGUUUAACAAGAUCCUAAAGUACAUACGAGCUGGUGUUGACGGUGGAGCUUCCUUGGAAGCUGGAGGAGAGAGGUUUGGAGAUAAGGGUUUCUACAUUGAGCCCACUGUUUUUUCAAACGUCAAGGAUGACAUGCUCAUAGCAAAGGAUGAGAUAUUUGGUCCAGUGCAAUCCAUCUUGAAAUUCAAGGACCUUGAUGAGGUGAUACGUAGGGCGAAUAAUAGUCGCUAUGGACUUGCUGCUGGGGUUUUCACAAAUAACUUAGAUAUCGCAAACCACGUAACACGUGCAUUGCGAGCUGGUUCUGUUUGGAUAAAUUGCUUUGAUGUCUUUGAUGCUGCAAUUCCUUUUGGCGGGUAUAAGAUGAGUGGCAUUGGAAGAGAAAAGGGAAUUUACAGCCUUAACAAUUACCUGCAAGUGAAGGCUGUUGUCACACCCUUGACGAAUCCUGCAUGGCUAUAAAAUUUAACAUAUUCUGUUUUUUUUUUUUUUUUUUUCCUUUUCUUUUUUCUUUCUCUAAGAACAGUCAAAUAAGGAAGAAACUGCAUCAAACGAUUUGAUUCUGUGAACACGGUGUGAUUAUAUGAUGAUAAUGAUGAUAAAGUAUGUUCCAUUUUGUAAUGAAAUGCACCUCUGGACAUGUUUUGAUACU